AUGGCGGGAAUCCAUGUCAUAUUUUGGAGAGAUCGGCCCCUUGAGGAGGACAUCAUGCUGGAUGCUUGCAUAUACCACCCAGGUGUUCCAGUCUUUCAUGAUGCCUUAAAGGGGUGGUCUUGCUGUAAGAGAAGAACGACAGAUUUUUCUGAUUUCUUGAGCAUUGUAGGCUGUACAAAAGGCAGGCAUAAUAGUGAGAAGCCACCCGAGCCAGUCAAACCUGAAGUCAAGACUACCGAGAAGAAGGAACUAUCUGAAUUGAAGCCGAAAUUUCAGGAACGCAUCAUUCAAGCUCCUAAGCCAGUAGAAGCAAUUAAAAGGCCAAGGAUGAAAUACUGGAGCUGUUGUAGGAAAAAGACUUCUGACUUUAACACAUUUUUAGCCCAAGAAGGUUGUACUACAGGGAAACACAUGUGGACUAAAAAAGAUGCUGGGGGGAAAGUUGUUCCAUGUAGGCAUGACUGGCAUCAGACGGGAGGUGAAGUCACCAUUUCAAUCUAUGCUAAAAAUUCACUUCCAGAACGUAGUCGAGUAGAAGCAAAUAGUACAUUGUUAAAUGUUCUCAUUGUAUUUGAAGGAGAGAAGGAAUUCCAUCAAAAUGUGAAAUUAUGGGGCGUGAUUGACGUAAAGCGAAGCUAUGUAACUAUGACAGCAACAAAAAUUGAGAUCACCAUGAGAAAAGCUGAACCUAUGCAGUGGGCAAGCCUUGAACUACCUGCAGUUAAAAAGCCAGAAAACCAAGAAGAAGCUAUAGCAGAUUGAGUGGAGGGGAGUAGGGUGAACAAUAACAAACUAUUACCUAUUUCAGAAUUCCACGAUGUGUUCUGACGUGAAGGCUUGCUGCUGUAAUCUUAUUUUGUUUUGUUCAAAGGCUGGUAUUUCAGGGUCAACAAAAGUAGGUUCUUAAAAACCAAAGUCAUUACCUUUUUGUGUUCUCCAACAUCAUCUUUUUUGAGUUACAUGAGGCUAAUUGUUCACUUCUCUUCAGUGAGAAAACCAUAGAAUGUCCUAUACUUGAAGAAGCUAGAAAACAGCUAAUAAACAGUUAUAGUAUUUGUUUGUAUAAGCAAAGAAAGGUUAAACAUUUACUUUUGUUCCCAUCUCUUUCUAUUCUCAUAAUUAGUAAAUCAAGAUAAAAAUUUUUUUUUAUCUGUUCUUCAUGGAUUUUCAUUCUAUGAUGCUUGAAAGUCUUUAAGGAAGAAAUAAAGCUCUGUAUUGUGUUUUUCCACUUGGGUCAGUUAUAUAUUCUAGGAAGAUGCUAAAGUGGUAUAAUAAAUAAUUAAAGGGAAUAUAUGCAUUGGUUGAAAGAGGAAUUAAUUUGCAACUGGUAACUACAUCAAUAAACCCAUAUUACUUGCCAGACAGUAUAAGAGAAUAGGGAACAUUGUAAAUAUGAAUAUAGAGGCAUCAAUUUCAUUUAAAAGUCAGCAUUUUAAAAAAACUGAGCAAUAAUGUAAACAUCUUUUUCAGAUUACUUAACUGUCUUGGUAUGGUAUGACUAAAUUAUACCUGAUUUACAACCUAUAUCCUCUUGAUACCUUAAAUUAUUGUUACAUAUUAAAAAGUUAUAUUUGGCCUCACUGAUGAAACCUGUAUAAAAUUAGACUUUUAAAAGCUUGUGGAAAUAUAGUAGCAUCUUGGACAAUUAAAUGGAUUCCUGGUGGUGUAGUGGUUAAGCAUUGGGCUGUGAUCCACAUGGUCAGCAGUUCAAAACCACCAGUAGCUCCUCAGGAGAAACUGGGCUUUCUCCAGUUGCAGACUGGGAAAGCCACAGGGUAUUAUUAUAAGUCAAUGACUCAAUGGCAGUGAGUAUUAGAAAAUUAAAUAUAUAAUCUUUGCUUUAUAGCCACAAUAUUGCUAGAAAAAUAAUUUAACUCAUUUGUAGUCAUUGUAGGAUUUCCUAAAAAAAAAAAAGUGGACAAUUUCAAAAGUGAUACUGUGUUGGAUAUAAUAUUUAGGUUAAAUCCCGGCAUCACAGAAUUAUAUUAUUUAAGCUUAUUGAACCCACUAAGAGACAGGUUAAUUUUUGAAGCAGUUGUAGCUCAAAAAGAAAAUUUAACUUUUAUAAACACCGUAACUGUCAGAACUUAAUUUUGUGCAUGAAUUAUGCUUAUUUAGAUUAAAAUGAUCCCCCAGUCCCCGUGAUUAUCUUUCUUUGGAAUUAAUGGAAUUCUGGUAAUACAUUUUGGGGGGUGCAAAUACAAUGUUGGUUACGAGGUUAAUUAAGGUAUGACAUUCUACUACCCUUAGCAAAUAACUGCUAGAUGUAGUACAUAAUUAUUAAAUGUUUUACCUUUGUUACAAAUGGACUCAAAAAAAAAUCUGGCAACUAGCAAAGCUUACUAUUAAGACAAAUUAUCUAACAUGAUUUAGGAACAUGCAUACAUUCAAAGACAUGAAAGUUUGUUAAUUGUUUGAGGGGAGAUGUUAGUACUUGAUUUGUUUCAAGUUAAUGAUCAGUAAGAUUUUUUUCUGAUGUUGCCUUCUUGAGAAACCACCCUCCCAAACAAUAUCUUAAUGUGUCAUGAAAUAUUUAAGCCAGGUGUUUUAUCCACUUCAGAGUUACAAAGUGCUGAUCACUUUUCUAAGAAUCUAGUUUACGUAAUUUAGUCUGGCUUUAGUGGUGACCCUCAGACUACUUUUGUACUUCUAAGACCCUCUGACUGUUGCUCAGAUAACAACCUGAGUCGUCCUUGUGUUAGACCUGUACAUUUUUAGGGAUAAACUUACAGUUAGGCAAGAUGUGUCCUACUUUCUAAGUCUGUUUCAAAUAUUAAUAAAAAUUCCUGAAGUUAA